UAUUUUAUUUUAUUUAUUUUCUAUUUUUAUGCUUGCAGUUGCUUCAAUGUGCCUUGUUUAGUAAACCUUGUGAAUUUUUAAUUAGGUUGGAACUCUUGCUAUACUUGACUCGCUGUUGAAGUCAAGACUUUAUUUAAUUAUGCAUAAUAUUUAAUUUAACCCUCUGAUACUGCUUUCUUUCUAGUACGGACAAAAGCUUGUCCAAUGUGUUUGUCUUAUAAUAAUUGCCUGUUUGUGUCUUUCUAGUUUUUUCAUGAUUUUUCCUCCUCCUCUAUCAUCUAUCACUUUCUAUUCUUGUUCAAUUGGACUUUUUUUACCCAUGCUUUUUUUUCACUUGGCUUGUUAAUUUAAGUUUGGUUAAUUCCCCUUAGUGUCUCACUAUUUUUAUAUAUAUAUUGAACAAAAUAAUUAAGUUCAUGCCUUGCUCCCUGCUUGUUUUUUUUUUUUUUGUUGUUGCUCUUCAUGCAAUUGUGAACCAUGUGGUAUAACACAUAUAGAAGGUAACCAAACAAAGGGGGACUUUGAAGAAGUAGAGGGGGGGGGGGGGAGUUGAAUUUUUGUUUUUCUUUAUUUUUUUUGCUAUUAUGGACUGGAAUUUGAAAGCACCUUCUUGGGAUUUGGUGGAUGUGGAUAAGGCAACCUUACAACAACACAGAGGAGCAAUGGAGGAGCAAAACCGAUUUGGAGUUUAUAGAAUGAAAGGGGAGUUUUCUGUUGACUUGAAGCUUGGUCAUCAUGUGGGGAAUUCUGGCACUGAAUCAGCACUAGCCAACAAGUCCAAAGAUGCUGCUGCUGCAGGAGUUUCCAAAAUGGCAUCCUCACCUUCAGGGUCUUCUAAGAGAGCUAGAGCCAUAAACAGCACAUCCCUCACAGUGUCAUGCCUUGUGGAUGGGUGCAAUUCAGAUCUUAGCAAUUGUAGAGAUUAUCAUAGGCGCCAUAAGGUGUGUGAGCUCCAUUCCAAGACCCCAGAGGUCACAAUUGGUGGCUUCAAGCAAAGGUUCUGCCAACAAUGUAGCAGGUUCCAUUCGCUGGAGCAAUUUGAUGAAAGAAAAAGAAGCUGCAGAAAACGUUUAGAUGGACACAAUAGAAGGAGAAGAAAGCCCCAGCCAGAACCUCUCUCGAGACCUGGUAGUUUUUUGUCGAAUUACCAAGGCACCCAAUUGCUACCCUUCUCAAGCCCACACGUAUAUCCAUCCACUGCCAUAGUGAGCCCAGCUUGGAGUGCUUCACUUGUCACUUCCUCUGCAGAUGCUAGGUUGCACAACCACAACCAACAACAACACCACCACCACCAACAAGACCUUUUUCUUGGAUCUUCCCACAAAGAAGGGAAGCAAGUAGCAUUCUUACACAACAACCAUCCCUCCACAGCUGCAGCACUCAGCAGCCAAACCCCGCCACCUUUUCCAUCCUCUUCCGUUCGCCACACCCUUCUCAGGACCGACCCUCUAUCAGAAACUUGCGGCGGAGCUAGAAGCAAAAUGUUCUGUGAAAGCUUAACAACAACAACAACUAACAAUAAUUCGGUGCAUGACACUACUCCUUGUGCUCUCUCUCUUCUGUCAUCAUCACAGACGCACACACCAGGGAAUGGCUUGAACCAAAUGGUGCAGCCUCCUCCCUCAAUGUCUCUCAUGCAGCCCUUAGGCCUGAGCUUGCAGGAUAAUAACAGCUUAGAGUCUGUGGAUCAUUGUUCCUCCGUGUAUAGCUUGGCUUCUGAUCAUGGAUCCCAGUGCAAUGAAGCAGCCCCUCAACUGUUUCCCUUUCAAUGGGAAUAGAUAUUAAUUACUUUAUCUCAAGGAUUAUUCACCACUUUGUUUGUUCAUUCCUAAUGAAUUCUUUCCCCCCAAGGACUAGUUAAUUCAUUCUGAUUUCACCCUCCCUUUAUAAUGAAGGCAAUGCCUAUGGACAAUCAUGGUAUUUCUAUUUGUAUCUUAGGGAGAGAAAAAAAAGCUCAACAAUUUUACAUAAGAUUCAUAAUGGGAGUUGUAAGAGGAAAGUGUAUAUGUGUAAUCCUUUAGUGGGAAUAACGUUACGUGUAACCCACAAAAUUUAGUUAACAUUUUCUAACUUUCAAUAAGUCAAAGAUAUGAAGAUUAUUCGUCACUCUAA